AUGAUCUCUUCCUCGAUCGUGUCUUCAUCCCCGUUACAGAAUGCUGCUUUACAGAGCAACAUCAGCACUUCAGUGUCAAUCGACUCUCCCGCAUCAUCCUCGGCAUGUAGCAGCCACUUCCGUUCCCUGAGUUCCGAACCUUUUGCCCCACCGAGCAAGGUUCGCCGACUGGAAGGUCAUUUUUCGCCCCUCGAAAAUCCCAAGGAGACAGAAGGAUCGACGGAGGAGGAGGGAGUGGAAGAGAAGGGACUUUUGCUGCACCAGUUACGCUCUUCCGCGCCUGCUUUCUCCCGCGAUCGCGCUGAUUCGUCGCAUCUUCUUCUUGACGCUGAGCCUUGCCACGCUCGAGGGUCCUCGCCCAAGCCCUCUCUCGCCUCUCUUCCUUCCGAGCUUGUCCGCGUUAUAGUCUCCCUCGUUGAUGCACCAAGAGACCGCGGUUGUUGCGCGCUCGUCUGCCGGGCCUGGCGCCAAUGGGAGCGUGCCACGCGUACCCAGCUGCACUUGCGCGGAAGCCUCAGCGACCUUCCGAGCCUGGGGACGCUCUUCGGCUCGGUGACGGACCUGGACCUGGCUGAUGUCCACCCUGAUUGGCCAGGUUCGGAAGAAGAACUUCGGCAGGUCUUCCGAACGUCGUUCCCGAACCUCCGCCGCGUCCGAGCCAACGUGAGCCCGUCUGGCAUGGAGUACGUGCGCCAGUGCUGGCCGAAGCUGGAGAGCGUUGUGAUUGGCCACUGGGAUGGUCUGGAUGAGGGCUUGGAGGCGCGCCACGUCAGCAGUUUGGUGUCCCGUUGCCCUAAAGUCGAUUCCAUCGACCUCUCCUGGAGCAGGCACUGUGAUUUCAACGAGUUGCCGAAGCAGCUGAGCGAUUACAAGCUGGGGAGGAUUCGCGUGCUGAACCUGCUGGGCGGCCCUGCUGCGCUAAGGGAUGACGCGUUAGAGGUGUUUGGACGGGGUGCCUUUCCGGGGCUUGAGGAGCUGAGUUUCGCGAUGGCGGAUGGUGGCGUCACUGAUAUGGGGAUCGCGAGUGUGGCGCGUGGGUGCCCGGCUCUGCGCGUGCUGCGCAUUGAAGACGUGGCGCACGACCUCAACGACAGCGACGAGGGGGACGCGGAUGGGGUAGCGGAUGGGGGGGUUGCUGAUGGGGUUGCUGAUGGGGAUGGCAUUGGAGACACUGAGGACGCGGCUGUGGAUGGCCCUUGGGGAGCUUUUGGUGGCUCAGUAGCAGCAGCAGCAGCAGUAGCCUCAGAAGCAGCAGCUGCAGCAGCAGCGGACGCAGCAGAGGUUGAGCAAGUGGAUAUGGAGGGUUUAGAUGAGAAUGUGCCUCUUCCACCUGCUGCUGCUUCUGCAAGCAUAUCUGCUGUAGCCCUUGCCUCUACUCUCGGCCCAUCUCCCCUCCCCCAGUCCUCCCCCUCUCCUACCUCCACCGCGUUUCUUGCUGCUGCUGCUGCUGCUGCUGCUGCUGCGUCGGCUGGUGUGGCCGGUGUUGCUGCAGCUGCUGCUGCCACUUCACUUGCUCAAUUCGCCGCUCUUGCACCAGCACCACCGCCGAACCCAGUCUCCACAGCCUGCCCAACCUACCCAAUCACAGCUGCCGCGCUGGAGAGUCUGGCUCGGCACUGCCCGAGGCUGGAGGAGCUGUGCCUGGUGCCGUCCUUCUGUGUGCACCGCAGCGGGCCUGCAGUAGAGGCGCUAGCUGCGGGAUGUAAGUCUCUGCGUGUGCUGCGACUCACUCGGUUCCUGGGCCUCGGUCGAGGGGUGCUGGCUGGUGGCGAUGCAGGAGAGAAUGUGGCGCAGAGGGAAGGUGGGCAGGAGGAGGAGGAGGAGGAGCAGGAGAAGCAGGAGGAGCAAGAGGCAGUUAAGCAGGAAGAGCAGUCGCAGCAGUUUCAGCAGCAGGAGAUGCAGCAGCAGCACCAGGCGCAGCAAUGGGAUCGGCAGUUCGGUUCAGCCUCCCCUUGCGCUCCAUUCGUCGAUGAACCUUUGAGCUUCCCCUUGGCGGCAGACAAUGGUGGUAACCCGGAAGGUAGUAAUUUGGAUGGUGGUAACCUGCAGGAGUGGAUUAUGUGGGAUAGCGCCCCUUCGUUGCUGCCUCCCACCUUAGACGGCUUCAGCAGCGGCUGGGAGGUGGACGAUUCUCUGCUUGCGGACCUGCAGCAGUGGCAGCAGCUGCAGGAGCAGCAGCAGCAGCCAGGGGAGGAGGCGGAGCAGCAGCAGCAGGGGUGCCCGUGCCCUCUCAUUGCAGCUGGCAGCAACGAGACCACAAGCACUGGUAGCACUACCACCAGCAUCGCUGCCUGCCCCAACGCCCUCCCUUGCGCUAGUGGCUGCACCAGCACUUUCACCAGCACCAGCACCAGCACCAACACCAACACCAGCAUCAGCACCACUGGCUCCUCUCGCUCUCCCGUCUCUCCACCUUCUCCCCUCGCGCAGCCACCUAUCCUCCCACCCCUUGCUCAGUUCACAGCACUGGAGGAGCUGGAGUUGCAGAUGUGCUCUGACAUGACAGACAGGGACGUGCAGGCCGUACUAGAGGGGUGCCCUAAGCUGCGGAGGCUAGAGGUGGUGGCUAACCACCGGCUGUCGGCCCGUGCGUUUGCGCUGGGCUGUGCGGUGUGCGCGAGUGGGGUGCGGCAGUGUGCAGUGGCUGCGGCUGGUGGGAGCUGCAGGGCGCGCGGACGAGCGCUGGAGAGUGUGCGAGUGAUGCAGUGUGACAAUGUGGAUUCGCACGCACUGCUGCAUGCACUCAUGCCAGCACGCACGACCCUCAAGGGCAUUCAGAUGACCGCGUGCUGGACCCACACCAGCCCCCCGCUGCCCCUCGCCUGCUUCUCCGCUCUUGAGUCACUCUGCCUUGAAGUCUCUGUCGACGCCUCGCUUUCUCCCCUGCUCAGUGCUGGCUUGGCCUCUUGCCCCAACCUCAAGUUCUUCUUCCUCUCUCUCUACGGCGCUCUGGAGCAAGACACCCUUCCGCUCCCACCACACCACUACUCCCUCGCGUUCCUCUCCCAGCCCCCCGCGCUCACCUACCUCUUCCUCUCUCUCGAAGGAGUCCAGUGUGCCACUGCUCCUGCCCUAGCCUCGCUCGAGCUCGCGCUGCUAGCCUCCUGCCCUUCGCUCGCGAUCCAGGAGAUUGAAUUCCGCCCCGCGCCCUGCCCGGUGGUGUCUGCUCCGCUGUGCCUAGACCUGCUUUCCCCCGAUGCUGCUCGGCUGCUGUCGCUGUCGCCGUGUCUCCGGUGGGUGACUCUAGGGGGUGUGGUGCAGGAGCCGGCGAUGGUGAAGCUUCUGAGAAGCCGCACGUUGCGGGAUGUGGUGUUUCUCACGCCGCCGGACUGCUCUGACACGUUCAGAAGCUUCUUUGAGUCGGUUCUCAAGUCGAGGGGGUAUUCGGAUCAGCCGAGGAGUGGAAUGGAGUGUGGCUUGGAUGUUUGUCACGACUGGGUUUGUUGCUGA